GACCAUAUCUGAAGGUGGAUUUCCCCCCACGCUUAUAAUCUUCCCACAAUGCAUCAUUCUGCUUCAAAAAUGGAGUCUAAGUUUGAAGUCGGAGACCUAGUCUGGGCGAAGAUGAAAGGAUUCCCGUCAUGGCCAGGAAAGGUCAUUGCUCCUAAAGAUGAGGUUAAGAAACCUCUGAAGAAAACACUACAUCACUUUGUCUUCUUCUUUGGAUCAGAAAACUAUGCCUGGAUUCCAGAAGAGAAUAUUUAUUUAUAUGCAGCCAACAGAAACAAGUUUAAAUUGAACAGUAGAAUACCUAAAGGAUACAAGGAGGCGUUGGAGGCCAUAGAAGAUGAAGUGAAAGCACAACCUGCUACAAAAAAUUCCAGGACACUGGAACUACCAUCUAUAGACGAAGAGUUGGCCCAGAUUUUCCCAGGAAGUUCAGAUAGUCCUAUCAAAGAUUACUCUAGAGAACCAAUGGCUGGCAAGAAACCAAAGUUGAAAAAAGAUGCAACAACAGUAAAAGAUAAGAAAGAAAGAAAGUCCAUAGGCACAGGAACUGUUGGUCGUCCUCCAAAAGUAAAAGAUGAGACAAGUAGAAAGAGUACUGGUUCGUUGCCUGUGAAAAAGAGAAUGUCAUCUUUAAGUGAGGAAGAAUUGAAAGCCAAGAAACAAAAGUUGUUUGCAGAAGGAAGAAUGAACACAAAAAUCAAAGCUAAACCUUCCACAAAUUCAGUACAGGACAUACCAAUGGAUGUGAAUCAAGAAGACUUGCCUUUGUCUCCUCCCCGGGAAUCUCCAACCAAAUCUCCAAACUCAUCAACACAUAACAAAUCAGCACCAGGUUUACUAAUAGAGGAGGCCGUCAAAAAACCUCUAAAACCUAUCAUACCGACACCGCUCAGGAUUGGCUUCCUGGGACUAGGGAUUAUGGGACAGGGCAUGGUAAUGAAUCUCCUCAGAUCUGGACAUGAAGUCACAGUAUGGAACAGAACAGCUCAAAAAUGUAAAGAAUUUAUAUCAGCAGGGGCAUUCAAGGGAAAUAACCCAGCAGAAGUUGUACAGGCUUGUGACAUGACGUUUGCCUGUGUAUCAGAUUCUACAGCAGUCAAAGAUUUAGUGUUUGGUAAUUUUGGUGUAUUACAAGGAAUAACCAAGGGAAAAUGUUAUAUCGAAAUGUCAACGAUAGACGAAGACACAAUGCAAGAUGUUGCUGAAGCUAUAAAUGCCCGAGGAGGAGUAUUUCUAGAAUCCCCUGUGGUGGGGAGUAGAGUACCAGCAUUAGAAGGACAGUUAAUCAUCCUGGCUUCUGGUGACAGAAAGUUAUUUGAUGAUUGUUACACAUGUUUUGAAGCAAUAGCAAAGAAAUUCUUAUUUUUAGGUCCAGAAAUUGGUGGUGCUACUAGAAUGAAGUUAAUAGUAAAUAUGAUAAUGGGAACAACAAUGGCCAGUCUAGCUGAGGGUAUGGCCAUGGCAGAGAAAGUUGGCUUAGAUCAGGAAGAUGUGGCAGAGGUUCUCUCACUUGGUUCUCUUUCCUGUCCUACAGUUAUACAUAAAAGUCAAGCUAUUUUAAAUCAAAAGUAUGAUCCUCAUUUUCCAUUGAUGCAUCAGCAGAAAGAUUUACGUUUAGCCCUGUUACUGGGAGACAAAGUAGAACAACCAUUAUAUGUAGCAUCAGCAGCAAAUGAAUUGUAUAAAAAGGCAAGACGAUUAGGAUAUGCUGAAAGUGACAUUGCAGCAGUGUAUAGAGCCGCAAGUUCAUGAUCGUCAAAAUAUAAGGCUAGGACCAAAAUUCUUGUUGUUAUGUGAUAAGCUGGGAUCGAAUGAACAGCCGGUAGAGUUGAUAUGAUAAUUGACCAAUAAAAGCUCGACUUUGCCUGGCUUAGCAGCUUGAGAAUGAUAUGAUGUGAAAACAAGCCAGAGGAACCAGUUUAUAUAACAAGGGAGAUAAUCCGAACAAGAUUGGGGUUGGCAUUGUGCAAUAGACACAUCUACAGAAUAUCAUUCGUUGUUUUGGAAAUAGGCAGCAAAUCCAUGGAAACGGACAAAUAUUUGAUCAUUAAAUGAUAAUCCAUGUUCUAUUUUUAUGUCAAAGAUAUGUGACUACCAAUAUUUUUAUUUUGUUUCUUAAUUGUUUUUAUAGCAUUAUCCAUUCAAUUUUAGUUUUAAUUUAUGGUGGUACAGUUAAUCCCUUUGAAAAUAUUUGAGAAUAUUUUUAGGUCAGGUUACACUAAGGUUUAUCACAGAGGAUAAAACCAAGAAAAAUGUUGUUCAAGUAGACUGUAAAAGAAUAGAUGAAUCUCAAACCAUUUCUACAACUUUGUUUUAAUGUUCAAUGUUAGAAAACAAGCAGUAUGUGAUUUUAGCAUAAAAAAUUAGAUAAAACAGGUACACAGUAAUAAGAAUGGAAUGUUCCGUGAAAGUAUCACAACAAAACUUAAAUUACCUUAACCCAAACUAUUUAUAAUUUACAUGAGCAAUUUAUUUUCAAAACUUUCUACUCACAUUUUUGUGAGUACAAAAAAAUGUGAGUUUAAGUAGUUGCAAAUAUAUGAAGCUUGGAUAUAAAUAUAUUAAGAAAACGAUAAGAUUGAAAAAAUAGAUCCCCAAAAAGUGACUAAAAAGAAAUAUUCGCUAAAGCAUGCACAAAAAUUGGUUUGUUUAUAGUAAUUAUAUAUGACUGCUCCAAUAAUUUUCUGCAAAUAGUCACCGGUUGAUGUCUCCCAGCAGAUAUUUUAACAUUAUAUACUAUUUAAAAACAUUAUUUAAUACUUGAAAAAUUAUUAAUCAAUUAGUACAUAAUGUUCUCAAGUUUGACGCAAAAACUUCUACACUUAAAAUAGUGAACCCUAAAGCUGUAAUUUGAAACUGGUUUGAUUAUGAUUGUUGUCUAGGAAUAUUAAUUUAGUUGUUAUGUUAGGUACAUAGAGUUACUUCCCUUUAUCAUUGUAAAUAAUUCCAUUUUAUUCAUCAUUUCAUUGAAAUUGAAACUGUCUUGAUUUUUUUUAUGUCUGAUUUAUAUUUUUGAAAAUAUUUGCCUCUUUCUUAAAUUUUAAAUCCACAUUGAUUAAGCAGGUUGUAUGAUAUAUCAAUUUCAUUUUAUAUGCAGGUCAGUAAUUAGAUAUACCUCUGUCUUUCUAACCAUAUGUCCCUCUCAGAUCAUCUUUAUCUAAAUGGAAUAUGCCCAUGCAAAAAUUUUGCUUAAUUCAAAUUUUAAAGAGUAAUAGAAUAAAAGUUAUGAUAUCUCUGAAACCAAAUCAAUUAUAAGCUUAUGGCCUGUGUUUUACAAAUUUCAUGUGAUCAUGACUGGCAGGAAAUCCUGUUAACUUUAUUUUACACACUUCAAAACAGAAACCCUUUUAUUAAUUUAAUCAGGGACCUUUUUUGAAAUUUUAGGAUGAUGGAUUGUAUCAAUCUGUCAGAAUAAUAUAGUCUGUGAAAUCAUAUGUUUUCUAAAGAAUGUAUUUCAUGAUUCAUUGUACAGACAAAUUUACUAUAUGUUGAUUGUCAUUAUAAAGUAUAGCAAGUUAGAAAUUGUAUUAGUGUUGAAUUUCAAUGGAAUUUUAAGAAAUGGAGCUUUUAGUUUGAAAUUAAUUUUUUUUAUCUUUGAAUUGUAAGCAUGCAAUCAGUUAGAUUUAGAGUUUGCUGUUUUCAGAUACUUAGAGUUUUUAAAUGUUUAAUUUUAUUAAUUCUUUUGGGGGAGUGAAGUCAAAAAGUGCCCCAAAAAAUCAACAAGCACAAAAUGUACUGAAUUUGGAAUUUAUGAGGACUUGACUGACCUAUCUGGAUGUUGUUUUUUUUUGUUUUUUAUUUAUGUCUGAUUGUCAAAUUGUAGUUGUCUCCCCUGUAUGUACUUAAUGAAUGCUUAAAAAAGCGAUCUUUUGCAGUAUUAAUAAUUUGUAAGUGAAAUUAAGUGUAGAAGUUAUGAUUUUUUAGUUCAACUGUAAAAAAAAAAAAAUGAAUCAGAAUUAGGAAUGCAAUUUGAUUGAAUAAAGAAAAAACCUGAUUGAUACAUAAUGUAACACAAAAGUAUGUGAACCAAUGUUUGUAAAGUUAAAAACUGUAAUUAUUAUGAUUAGUAAUGUAUUAUGUUGUUUCUUAUUUGUCUCCUAUUUUAUUGAACUCUGUUAGGACAGGUUUAAGACUUCAAAAACCUCUUGACAACUCAGAAAUUUGGCAUACUUUAAAGGAAUAUACAACCAUGAAUUACUCAGGACUGUUUUAAAUUUACCAUCCUUCCCUCCAACUUUCAUUUUAUUGGAAUAUACCUUAAUUACAAAUUUGAUUUGCACUGCACACAGCUUUUAGACAAUGAAUGAAUAUAUACAUUUAUUUAUUGCCAAUAUCUAAGCAUUUUGUUUUCUCCAAGAUGAGUCUAGGCGCUGUAGAAUAAAAAAGAAUUUCAUUAACACUUUUCUUGUAUUUUUCUCCCAUUAUAUAAUUUGUUUUAUGUAAUAUGUAAAAUGUAUAGAAGAUGUAGAUCAUUAUUCAUUAUAUUGUGCUCUCAUGAAAUAUCACCGUCAGAUGUAUAAAGUCAUUUCACUGGCAUUAGUUUAACAUUGCAACUGUAGUCAUCAUAAAAUAAUAUCUUUUUCAUUAUUGUAUAAAAAUCACUAAGAUCUUGUUAUAUUAAAUGAAAAAGAAAUUUCUAAGUA